GCGCGAGCGGCGGGAUCUACGCUCCCUCUUAUUUUUUUGCCGCCAUCCAAAAGGGGCGCUUCCUCUUUAUCUCUCAUCCCCGGGCCCCCUGAGCGGUGGCGGAUUUCUUCAUCUCUCCUGCCCGGUAUUAGAAAGCCGAAGAUGGCAAACAUAGACAACAAAGAACAGGCUGAACUUGACCAGCAAGAUAUGGAAGAUGUCGAAGAAGUAGAAGAAGAAGAAACUGGAGAGGAGGCAAACAGCAAAGCAAAACUGACAGCCCAGAUGAUGCAGAAUCCCCAGAUACUAGCUGCUCUUCAGGAACGCCUGGAUGAUCUUGUUGGAACGCCAACAGGUUACAUAGAAAGCUUGCCAAAAGUAGUCAAGAGAAGAGUUAAUGCACUUAAGAAUCUUCAAGUAAAAUGUGCGCAGAUAGAAGCUAAAUUCUAUGAAGAAGUUCAUGAGCUUGAGAGAAAGUAUGCUGCUUUAUAUCAGCCCCUUUUUGAUAAGAGAAGCGAUAUAAUAAAUGCCACAUACGAGCCCACAGAGGAAGAAUGUGAGUGGAAAGUUGAUGAAGAUGAAGCAAUUUCAGGAGACUUGAAAGAAAAAGCAAAACUUGAAGAGGAGAAAAAAGAUGAAGAAAAGGAAGACCCCAAAGGAAUCCCUGAGUUUUGGCUGACUGUGUUUAAAAAUGUUGAUCUCUUAAGCGACAUGGUCCAGGAGCACGAUGAACCUAUUUUAAAACAUUUGAAAGACAUAAAAGUAAAGUUUUCUGACGCUGGCCAACCUAUGAGCUUCACUUUAGAAUUUUACUUUGAGUCAAACGAUUACUUCACAAAUGAGCUGUUAACAAAGACCUAUAAAAUGAGAUCUGAGCCUGAUGAAUCUGAUCCCUUCUCUUUUGAUGGUCCAGAAAUUAUGGGCUGCACAGGUUGCCAGAUUGAUUGGAAGAAAGGAAAGAAUGUCACAUUAAAAACUAUAAAGAAGAAACAAAAGCAUAAGGGUCGGGGCACAGUGAGGACUGUUACAAAAACUGUUCCUAAUGAUUCAUUCUUCAAUUUCUUCAGUCCUCCGGAAGUACCUGAAAAUGGAGAAUUGGAUGAUGAUGCAGAGGCUAUACUCACUGCAGACUUUGAAAUUGGGCACUUUCUUCGUGAACGAAUCAUACCUCGUUCAGUGCUAUAUUUUACUGGUGAAGCUAUUGAAGAUGAUGACGAUGAUUAUGAUGAAGAAGGCGAGGAAGCAGAUGAUGAGGAGGGAGAAGAGGAGGCAGAUGAAGAAAAUGACCCAGAUUAUGAACCUAAGGUUUAAAUGAUGUCUGUAGAAUUCUUGCCCUGGAAAGGUCAAAAUCCAGCAGAAUGCAAACAACAAUGAAGCAGUGUGUAUGUGGCCUUGAGGAUUACCUGCACUGUAAUAAAUUAAACUAUUAGUUACUUACAGCCUUAUGUUUUGUAUCUUGGUAGAAUUACUUCAAUUUUUGUUAAAAAAACAAAUAAAAUUAAAACAUGUAAAAAUCUGUUAAAAUAGUAACAUCAUUCAACCUAGCGUUUUAAUAGUGUACUUCAGACAUUGGUAAGAUGCAGCAUGAUCAGUUUCAUAGGUUUUUCCGGUUAUUGUGAGGUCUCUUGCCAUGUAACUAUUCAAAUACAGAUAUAAAGAUUUUUAAAGAUUCCUAAGAUAUAUUUAGAGAUUCCCUUCAAAACCAAAGUAAUUUCAGUCCAGUAGUUAAAGGUUAAAAUCUGCUUGCAAUAGCUGUGCCUUCAUUUGUUCUAGAAAUGCAGUAAUAACCUUGGAAAUGGUACAUUUCAGACUAAACUUGCCUAUCAAUUUCCAAUCAGACCAUGUCCAUUGCUCAUCUGCUUGUUUAUGCUAUGGGUUUUUGUAUUUUAUGUGACUGUGACAAAAUUCUAAUGGUCAACGUAAUAGGUUCUUGUUUACCACUGGGGUGUGAAUAAAACCUAGUAUUUUCAGAA